UCUGGAGGAAGGAGGACGCGUCUCUCGCUCGCUCCUCUAUCCAAUGCUUGAGGGGGCGGGGCAUCUCCUUCGACCAAUCAAGUGCCAACGCGUCAUCCCUCGGAAGCCCACGCCCCCUUUUUUCCCUUGUGUUGUCUCUGCGCGCGCCUGCGCAGUCGGGGCUGCAGCGUUGGAACUUGGCAAGAGGGAGGAUGGAGUGGAGCAGCUGAAGCAGCCAGUGAAGCAGAGCUAUGGGGCUGGGCGCCAGCUCUGAGAGUCCCGAGGGGGGCUCUGAGGGCUACCAUGUGCACGGGGUCCAAGACAACUCGCCGGCUCAGCUGGCUGGAUUGGAGCCAUUCUUUGACUUCAUCCUGACAAUAGGACACACCAGACUGAAUAAAGAGGGUGACACCCUGAAAGAUCUCCUGAAAGCCAAUGUGGAGAAGGCUGUGAAACUUGAGAUCUACAACAUCAAAACAAUGAAAGUCCGAGAGGUGGAGGUGACCCCUAGCAACAUGUGGGGAGGGCAGGGCCUCCUGGGAGCCAGUGUGAGGUUCUGCAGUUUUCAAGGUGCCAGCGAACAUGUUUGGCAUGUGCUGGAUGUGGAGCCAGGUUCACCAGCAGCUUUGGCCGGUCUGAGGCCACACACGGACUACAUUGUUGGAUCAGAUCAGAUACUGCAGGAGUCAGAAGAUUUCUUCUCCCUGAUUGAAUCCCAUGAAGGGAAGCCUUUGAAGCUGAUGGUCUACAACAUGGAAACCGAUUCCUGUCGAGAGGUUUUUGUCACCCCAAAUGGAGCCUGGGGUGGAGAAGGGAGUUUAGGGUGUGGGAUUGGAUAUGGCUAUUUGCACAGAAUCCCAACGCAGCCUGCUGUACCCAAGAAGAAAACAGAAGCCAGUCCCGCUUCUCCUUCCCCAUCAGGAGACACGCCUGCAGAGCCCCCUUCGAAUGGCUAUACAGAGGCACCUCUGUUGGCAGCUAAUGUCCAAAGUGAGGAAUCCACAGACCAUGAUUACAGCACCACUCAAAGUGUGACUGUGUAUCCAUCAGAAAAUUCUCUUCACCCGCCUCCUCCGGUCCAGAGAGUCAUGGAUCCAGGUUUCAUAGAUAUGUCUGGGGCCUCAUUUCCUGAAUUGAUUGACUUAGUGAAAACAAUCAAUGUGCCUUCUUCUUCCUCUACUACUUUUAACUUAACAGACACUCUGACGGCAAGUGGCAGCUUAGAAACUCACAGUGCAGAGCAGCCACAUUUGGAUCAGGCCACCCUUCCAGUGUCAGAAGAUCCAACAUCAUCUUACCCAGCCUCACAGGAAUUAAGACCUUUGGACUCCCUUUUACCAUCCCCAGACAUCUCUGUAAAUGCUGCAUCUCACCUUGAUGGUGGUGCUUCAGAAACGGGUCUGCUCCCAGAUGGAACUGAGAGUCCCUCGUUGUCCAAAACAUUACAGAGUGACACUGAUGACAGAAAGAGUGAGGAACUGAGAGAAGAAGCUUCAUAGCCCUCAGCACUGACAGCCCUUUCUGAUGCUUUAAUAAUUCCUGGACCUGCAAAGCUGGCCCUGAAAUGCAUUACAACAAGAUCCAAGCUGCCUUCCCUGGCAAUGCCCCCCACAAAUCACUAUUGGUUGCUGACUCAUAAUCUUGAACAUCUGGGUAAAUGGUGCUCAAGAAUAAUGCUGAGUUUGAGAAAAAGGUUUUUGGUGAAGUGCUGCUUUAUAGGAAUAGAAACAACUGCCAAAGUGGCUCGCAGGAGGGGUAGAGUUGAUAGAACAGAGGAGUUCGUCCUCUUGUUUGAAUUCUGACAACUGCCUGCACGUUCCUUGCUCAAAGCCCACAAGACUAGAAAUGACUUUGAUUUUCAAAACUUAUUUAAUGAUUUCACAGGAAUAAUUUUUAUAACUUGAGCUAGUGUUUUAGACUGAGGUAGGACCCGACUCAGAAUGGAAAAGAUAUGUUGACGUAUUCUUUCAGAUUGUUAGGACAUGGUUCAGGCCCUCAUCCCACACUGCUCCUGCAGUCAUCCCUCCACAUUUGAGGUUUUGGCUUCUGAGUAUUGGAUUAAAAUGUUCUGUCUGGGAAUCUCUUAAGUCCUUCUAUCAUGCUGGAAAACUUAGAGAUUUCAAGAGAGAGUGGCUGUCUGGGCCCUCCAACGCAAUUCUGUGGUCAAUCUCCAGCAGCUUGACCAUGGAGCCAUUUUAAAAGAACUAUACAUUUCUGAAGUAUUCCAUCAGGUUAAAAAAUUACCAAUUUUUGAUUUGCUUUUUCUUCAUGUUUGUAUGGGUCCUGUGCCCCUAACCCAAGGAAAUGGAGGGCUGACUGUGCGCAACAGGCAGUUUUGUACCUUGCAGGCUAUUGUGUGAUUGAAGUGUGAUGCCUUCUUCACCCUUGAGACCUCACAUUAGUAUGUGCUAAAGACAGAAAGAGCCCUGGUAAGGAAUAGCUAUGAGCCAAAUAGGCUGGAUCAUGCCCUUAGAUUGAACUGUACUUUCAAGCCUCCAACUGCUGUUUACUCAUAUACGAUUGUUUUUUUGAUGCAGAAAUCUACUUUGUGGCCAACUUAACAGUUUCCUUCAGAUUGGAUACUUCAGCAAUUUCAUUUUAUGUUUACCUUUUAACUGGGAAUACAUGUUGCACAAAAAGUUCUCCAGAGCUUUUCUCAGCUAUUCAAGGCUGAGAUUCUAAGAUGAAAUAAGUUAACAUUUCAUUAACCUACUUGAGCAAUUGGUAGAAUCCUAUUCUCAUUUGAGGUGCAUGCCAAUGAGAAAAUCAGCCCCUGCAUUUCUCACUAGAGGAGGUUGGUUCUUCCUUUGGACCUCUAACACUACUGAAAAUGGUCACGCUUUCUUUCAAUGGAAAUAAUGGAGGAACUUCAGAUUUACCUUUUAGCACAAGCUAGCGCUUAUUCUGGAAUGGUUUUUAUGAAUCAGUUUUGAUUCACUGGUUCAGUUUCCUGGAAGACUGGAAAUAAAUGCUUUUCAAUGUGUAAAGUCGUUAUUUUUUAAAAAAAAACCAGAUUCCAACUCUACGGGCCUUCUUCAACAUGACCGGGGUUCCCCUUCAUAACAGACCUUUUGUAAUACUCUCUCUGUGUGCCCAGCCCUCUUUACAAACAUCAGUGAUUGGUUCCGCAAGCUGUAAAGAGAUAUGCACAUACCUUUCUGUACCAAUAAAAAAUCUUAGUUUCA